AUGCUGAGAUGUUGCGGCAAUGUAUCACUCGUCUUUUCCACUAUCACGAGUAUUGCAGUCAUAGCAGCCGAACUAGACUAUGUGUCGCAGUCUAAUGUGGAUAAUGUUCACCUCAGAAUCAAAUCUGUGCGUGGAGGGACCGCAUCCAAGCGAUGGAAAGAAAACAUCGCAAAACACAAAGAGGCUUUGAUCGCAUACAAAAACAAUACUGAGGGUAUACUUUGCGUGAAAAGCAAAAAUAGUUGCGAAGUCAAGUCAAAAGCCAACGACAACAAUUUUAUAGUCACGGUCGCCGAAGCCUGUGACUGCAGUAACAAAGCUCAACUCACACUGUGGCAGGUGUGGCCUCUGCGCAUUCCAAGUCGAAUGCAACUGUGUAGAGGGCUACAGAAGCGGAUCGUGCCACCAUGCUCAUGCCGUCAUUACGUUCGCAGAACAAGCGUAAGCCCUCAUGCGGUUGCGGAGCAAUUACCAAGCUAA